AAUCAUCGGACAUCAGUAGUAAUCCAGCAACCGAGAAGACAAUGAAGGGAUUUGCAUUGCUCGCAGUUUUGUGCAUUUUGGGCGCUCAGGCCGUGCCCGAUCGCUCCAGCCGGAUCAUCAACGGACACAGCGCGCCGCACCAGCCGUACAACGCCUAUGUGCUGUACCUGAACAACGCCAACGCCGGAUUCUUUGGCGGUGGUUCGCUGAUCUCCGACCGUCAUGUUGUCACCUCUGCCCAGAACAUUCAAGGAUUUGUCCGGUGGGACGUUGGACUGGGAAGCAACAUUUUCACACAGCUGACGACGAUCAGCUCCAACCAGGCCAUCGCUCAUCCCAACUUUGCGGCCGCAACCCGCGCCAACGACAUCGGCAUCAUCACCCUGCCGGCGUCCAUCGUCUUCACCUCGACCGUGUCUCCGAUUGCGCUACCCGCUGCCAACUACCCGGUCACGCUGCCCCUGGAGAACGAGCAAGGCAACGUUGUUGGAUUCGGAUUCACCACCGGAGCUUCGACCACUCGUGCCGAUUUCGCCCACCGUGCCUUCCAGCGAGUUACGAUCAACACCCGCUGUCAGCAGUUUUUCCAGAUCACCAUCCCGAACCACUUCUGCGCCGAGGAUAGCAUCGACCGGUCGAACGUGUGCAACGGAGAUAUCGGAGCUGGCUUCGUGACCAACAUCCGCGGCAUUCCGACCCUCACUGGAGUGGCCUCGCUGAUCACGCACAGCUGCGACUCGCAGAGCCCGACCGGUUUCACCCGUGUCAUGACCUACCGAGCAUGGAUCCAGCAGGUGACCCAGGUUUAAGACUCGACAGAUGAAUGCAUUUGCUAGUGCAAACAUUAUUUUUUAACCAUGAAUAAAUUGUGAUGCCCAUGAA